AUGGUCACAGUUUACUAUUACCCACAGAGAAGUGUCUCCGUUCUAGUGAGAUAUUUGUAUGAAGCUGUUAAAGAAGGCUUUGCCCUGUUGGAGUGCCUUAACGUGGUGACAUGCUCCUUUGGAAUACCUGCUGGAGAAAACAUCCCUGAUUUACCUCAUCAACUAACAGCACCCGAGAGUGAGAAACAACCAUAUGUGCUAAAAGUGAAAGGUAACCCAAAGCUUAAUGUAACAUGGUAAAGAGAGGGUGAGAUACCAGUAAAAGUAGGAUCCAAAUGUUCUAACAGUAUCAAUAAGGAGCAUGUGCUAAAGCUUGAAUGCCUCUCCUCAUAUGAUGCUGAUAACUACAAGUGCAUAGUGUCCAAUACCCAUGCUCAUGCCAUCUACACAGUAUCCCUGAUCGUGACAGAAAGUGAAGAAAAGUUGGAUUUCAAAAAAAUGCCUAAGAAAAGGGGACCUCCAGCUCCAAAGAAGAACAUAAAGAAGGUAGUUGAUGAGAAUGAAAUGUUGGAUAUCCUUUCCAAAGUGCCAAAGAAGGACUUUGAGAAGAUCUGCAUUGGGAAUGGCUUCAGUGAUUUCCUUGUGCUUCUCAAAAAGUCGAAAGAGCUGAAGAAGAAAGUGAAGACUGAGGCAGGCAGAAUUCUGAAGCCCCUUGAGGCUGUUGCAGCUGAAGUGGAUACCACUGCUGUGUUUAAUGCCAUUCUGAAGCUGAAGGACCCCAAUGUUAAAAUGACCUGGUAUAAGGGGAAAGAGCCUUUGUGUUCCAUGUAUUCCCUGGGAAAAUAUGAUACGAAGCAGAUCGGUAAGAACUAUAUGCUGUACAUCGCCAACAUGAAUGAAAAAGACCUGGGCACCUACAGUCAUCUUGUGGCUGACAAGAAACUGUCUGCUGUGCUGAGAGUGAUAAAUGAGCCCCUAACAGUUCUGACAGAACUGUAACCACUGAAAGUGACAGAAAGGCAGACAGCACUAUUUGAAAUCACCUGUCCAAAAAAAGUGCCAAAAUUCACCUGGAAUUUCAAUGGGAAGGAGUUGAAGCAGGGCGAUAAGUACAAGAUCAUCACAUCUGAUGAUGGAUUGACUUACACUUUGAAAAUGAAGGAUGUUCUGUCCAGGGGCCUUGGGGAAAUCGGUACUGAGGCUGGAGAUCUAGUACAGAAAGCUCUACCCUUAAGAUCAGCUUCACUGAGCUUAAGGAUUCCCAUUAAGUUCAUCACCAAUCUCAAGAAUUUCCAAAGGAAAGAGAAGAGAGAAGCCUGCCUGGAGUGUGAGCUGACUUUUAAAGACAUCACCCUGAACUGGAUGAAGAAUGGUCAGGUGACUGGGAGAUCUCCUAAAUAUACCAUGAACCAUGAACGGAAGAGAGCAAGAGCAGCGCUUAUCAUUGAUGUUGCUGAGCUGAGUGACUCAGGAGAUUACACAGUGAUUGCUAUGCAAGAUGAUGAUCCUAAUGAGUAUUACGGCAAUGCCAGUGUAACUGUGGAAGGGAGAUUUGCCACCAUAAAAAGUGGUAUGUCCAAUGUUCAUGCUCCAACUGGGGAUCCUGCUGAGCUCUGUGUUGUCCUGAAUGAUGAGAAGGUGGAGGGAGUAUGGCUCAAGGGUGACAAAGAAAUUAGGGACAUAAAAGAGUUCCAGAUAGUGAAGCAGGGAGCUGUCCACAAGCUCACCAGAAAAACAGGAGAGGAGCAUGAAGGGAGGCAACUAUUCAGAGCCAAGGGGACAGAGAGUGAGGCAACAGUUGCCAUUGCAGAUCCUCAUGUUACUGAAGAACCUGUCUGGGAACUUUCUGCUGCAUAUGCCGUUACUAUGAAGGCUGGGCAUACAGCAAGCAUCAAGUUGCCUUUCAAGGCAGAGCCAAUGCCCAAAAUCGUGUGGUUCAAAGAUGGUAUUGAGGUGACAGAGAAAGCGGUAAUGGAGAAAGCCAGUGACUGUGCGUUACUCACAAUCAAAAACUGUGUGACAGAAAACACUAGAGCCCAUAUUCUGAAGCUGGAAAGUGGCUGUGGCUCCCAUUCUACCAGUCUUUACCUCUAUGUUGUUGAAAAACCAAACCCCCCACAGGGGAAAGCAGAGUUCCUGGAACACAGAAAAUGCAUUCAAAUGAAAUGGAAAGCACCUAAAGACAAUGGAGGAAAGUGGGUGACUCACUUCAUUGAGAGGAGGAAUGCUGGGAAAAAAUCUUGGAUCAAAGUAGGGGAGGUGGGGAGCAAGUACACCAUGUUUGCUACAGAUCAGGUGAAGGAAGGGAAAGCCUACCAAUUCAGAAUCCUUGCUGUCAACUCUGAGGACCUCAGUGUACCACUGGAAACAGAAGAAGUAUUUGCUGGAGAACCGGUUGGCCCUCCUGGACAGGCGUCUCAGCCUCAAGUUGCAGAUGUCAGUAAAGAAGCUGUCACUAUCACGAACUCCCCAGCCCAGGAUGGCAGCUCCCCAGUGCAAGGUUACAUCGUAGAAAGAAGGAAGAAGGGCAUCAACCUUUGGGUCCUGGUAACCAAGGAGCCCGUCCAAAAUACCAGAUUCAAAGUGGAUGGUUUGCGGGAGGAUACAGAUGAGUUCUGUGUGAUAGCUUUGAAUCACACGGGCCCUGGACAUCCCAGCGUACCCUCAAACUCUGUUGUUGCAAAGGAUCACAUCAAGCCUCCAGGACUGGUGAAGGGCCUCUAUGUGGUUGAUUUUUCCAACUCCAGCAUUUCUGUAGCCUGGGAGGAGCGAGAUGUGCCCUCAGGAUACGUAUUAUAGAUGCAAGCUGAGGACACCAAGGAAUGGACAAAAUGUGUCAAGAUCCCAAUCUCUUGUACCAAUUACACUGUGGGAAGCCUGCAGGAGAGGCCAAGAUAUUUCUUCCAAAUUCGAGCGGUGAAUGAAGCUGAUGUGGGAGAAACAGCGGAGUUACAGGAAGGAAUUCUAGCAACGCCGCCCCCUCCCAGGUUUGAUCUGACUACAAGUCUAAAGAGCCACAUGGUAGUUCAUGCUGGGGCAGCACUAUGCAUUCAUAUAUCUUUCCCCAUGAGCUUUUCUGUGUUGUGUCCUGUCACAGGAGAAAUCAUAACCGCUAAUCUGCAGCUGGUUGAGGAAGUCCCAAACACCAUUACCCCAAAAUGGAAUCACAGCCCAGAUGCAGAAGGUGAGCAGACUCUUUACAUUAUCCUGAAACGUGAUGUUAGUACUGCCACGUGGUUUACAGCUAGAGAGAAGGUCUACAGCAAUAAAUACACUGUCACAGGCCUGCUCCCAAGGAGGAAAUACUUUUUCUGAGUCAUUGCCCGCAAUGACACUGGGGACAGCAAUGCUCUGGAUUCAGAGGAGCUAUGGUACAUCUCCAAAGACAAAGGUAAGCAUGAAAAUUACAUGCCAGUGCUGGAGAAAGAAGGGGGAUCCUGUGCACAAAGACACAGACCAAGGUCAGAUUUCCUUGGGCAUAUGACUGAACUAUUCUGCACUUCAGUUGCCCACCUGGGAACAGACACAAAUGGACAUCCUGUCCAUUUGAUGGGAAUCUCUUCAGGACUUGGCUGCCUGUACUUUGUAUAUGUGCAGCACAUUACAUACAGGUUCCUCAGAUCUGUCCUAGUGCAGGAGAAGACUCCCUGUCCUGUUGGGGCUGACUCUAUGUGUGAGAGACACUUCUACAGUGCAAAGCAGCCCAGAGUGACUGUGUCCUUGGCAGAGCGUUUUGGUUUCAAGGUGAAUGGGUGUCCCCAGGAGGACUGGCUCCAUGCCCUCCACUUCAUCACCUCACUGAAGAGCCACAACAUGAGCUACAGCAAUGACUGCACCAUGAGCUGUGCUUUUGUCAGCAACCCCUGCCCAACAGCGACCCUAUAUAAGGGCAAUGUUAACAUCAAGGCUAACCCCAAGUUGUGGUACAACUCAACAAGCAGCAUCUGUACACUCGUAAUCCCACCUUGCAGUUCCAAGGACAGCAAUGAUAAAAGGCUCCUGGACACAGUGGCAUAAAGUUUGCAGAAGUCAAAACACAUGCUAUAAAUAGUAGAACUGGUUCUGCCUGGUCCAGUAUGCAGAACAGCAUCAGUGUGUCUGUGUAGUCUGACUUCGCUUGCAUGGCUCAAAAUGACAUUGCCCUUGGCUUCUGUAAUAGGCAGUUAAACUAGAUGGUGAAGUGUCGGGCUUCCGCUAAGCAGGGACAGUUCUGAUGUUUCAGUGCUUCCUCCCUCUAAGUGGUUUCAAACAGCAGUUUGCAUGUGAAAGGUGAUAUUUCUGCAAAUGUAUCUUAACAAUAUAAGAAGCCAAAGAGUGCUGUUCUCUUUUCUAUAUCAGUUUGCUUCUGCACUGUUAAAUGAGAAUCCUGUUUCUAAGUUCAGAAGAAGAGCUAGAUUCUGCCUCACUUGUCAUGUCCCUGGAGCCCAGCAGGACCUCUGUGAUUAUCUAGGCUUCAUUAUCACAGAUUGUAUACAGGAAGUUGUAAUCUGAAGUACUUGCAUCCUUGCAAUGCCAAGAAAGUAAAUACUGUUUUCCAUGGCUUUGCAAAUGAGGGAGUCACUGCAUGAAAGAGCUGGUCAUAGAAUACAAAACUUCUGAGAUCCCGAAGGGUCCAGUACCUUCAUCACUGAUGGCCAAGGCCAGAUAAGGAAUUGCAGAAUUGCAGGAAUUGUCUUUUUUUUUGAGGCUGGUGUGAAUCCUUCUGGG